UAGUAAGGGUACGACACGAUCUAUUGAAACACGCCUGACCUUGACCUGAUUAGCUCUUUCAUAGGGUCACCCCUACAGGGAGUUAGACAUGUGGGACAGUAGGAACGUUGGAAGGUGUCAUACACAACCCAGACUUAACUAAUCUAACGUGUCUACAUUGAACAUGGUUCGAGCUGGAGAAAGCAGACCAAAUUGGAACUCGCGAUCCUAGCAUCCUGAAACAUCUAAGGGGUGAAACUCUGCACACCGAAAAGCGGGGUUUUAGACGAUCUGGAAUAUAGAAAGGUGGAGUUAUCAUACCCUGGAUAAGAUACACUUUCACCAUUCGUGAUUGUCAAGGUGAAGGUUACGCAUCAGUAUUUUCAUCUCCCGUAAAACGACAAUGUUCAUCUCCAGGAGAGCAAAGAAGAGACUGCUGUUGGUGGCUCUAGUCGCCCUCAUUGGUGGAGUCCUCUAUGUCAAUUUGGAAGAGGUAGAAAUAACUGUGUUGAAGGGAGACAUUUUCAAGAUUUCCAAUUUGAAAGAAGAUAUUGUGGCCACGUGGACCAGAAUACCAAAGGUGUACAUAUAUUCGUUGCCACCAAAGUUUAACAGAGAUAUUCUGAAUUGUGUGCAGAAUGAAAUGUAUCCAACAUACUGUUUACAUUUACAAAACGGAGGAAUUGGAAAGCUGUUAUACAGGGAAGGGGAGAUGGGAGUAUUUCACACCAAUCAGUUUUCCCUUGAGGUGAUUCUUCACAACCAGCUUCUGCAGAGUCGAUACCGAACGAUGAGUCCAGAGGAAGCCGACAUCUUCUACAUCCCUGCUUACAUGGGGAUAUUGAGAUAUUGUAAAACACCAGAAACCGUCACACAAUUACAAGAGGAGUUGUUCAAGGUCAUACAUUCUAUGCCCUACCUAAGGCAAGGGAAGCCUCACCUCUCAGCACUGGCGAAAAUUGAACGGGAACAAGCAGCACACGACUACCCUUUGCUUCAGAACCCAAACUGUAGAAAUGUGACGUAUGUUGCCAUUGAAAAGGACUUUAACCAGAAGUACAGAAAGUUUCUAGGUCUUGAGAACCAGAGAAUUAUAGUGGCUCCCUACCCAUCGUAUGUGCAUCUGUACAACGCUAAAUCAGCUCCACGGGAAAUAUCUUCACCUGGAUUAGGAAAACGAGAGUUACUGAUGUUUAUUGCGGCUGGUGUGAAGUCAAACCAGUUCAGACAAAGAGUUCUGGAUCAGAUGUCUCAUAGAGUUACGGAUGUAAGCUUUGAUCAAAUAGUUGAUGUUUUGAAACAGCAGAAACAGGAAAUGCCCAUCGGGGUCUAUCUGAAUACAGUGGAGUGUCACACUGGUCAUGCGAACAUCACGAUUGGAUGGAUGCAGAAGUCCGUGUUCUGUCUUCAACCUCCUGGAGACUCCCCAACAAGGAAGUCAUUUUAUGACAGUAUUCAAAGUGGAUGCAUUCCAGUCAUUUUCAGAUUUGCUGAUCAGAAUGUGGAAUACCCCUUCCAAAGGGUUUUGAAUUAUACGGAUUUCACAGUGGCAAUUGAUUCAGCACGGAUAGAGCGACAGGAGAAGAUUCAAGACAUUCUAAUUGCGAUUCCGAAGGAGGAGGUCAAAAGACUCCAUCAGAAUGUUCUUAAGGUUGCCAGGAUGUUACAGUACAAUGUCAUCGAAUCUGGCACAAGUGAUCAACCACGUUCUUACAAAGAUGCUCUGGACAUGAUCAUGGAGGAGGUGCAGCACAUGUUUAAUAGCUGACGAUUGAAUAGUAGUAUAGUGAAUACUUUCACGCGCUCUUAGCUUGACUGUAACAAAGGAUAGUGCUUCGCUAGAAUGUUCCAGGCAGGAAUUGCGAGUCAGGGCCCAGCAACAGUAAGAUGCACGGGAUUUAAACGAGUUUUACACAUUUAUUUAGUCUAAAUGAGAGGACUUGAUGAAAAAAUCUGUUUUGCCAUUCAAAUGUCAAAUGAGUCAAUGUUUAACGUUUUAGUCAGACAUAAUUUUGUUAUUGUCGCGAGAAGCUUUUUGUUUUUUCAUUUUAAUAUAUAAUCUGUACCAGAAGUUGGCAGUUCCAAGAGAGCUGAUGAAUUUA